UGAUUGGGUGAUCAUGGGACCAGGAUUUGGGUUUGCCUUCCAUCUCUCUGAUGCAGGAUAUGAUGUCUGGAUGGGAAACUUCAGAGGGAAUAGCUACAGUCAUGAACAUGUUAACAGUAAAUUAUCCAGAAAAGAAUAUUGGACCUUCAGCUGGGACGAAAUGGCAAGAUACGACCUGCCUACCAUGUUAAAGCAUAUGAUGGCUCGGACAGAACAGUCUAGUUUCUAUUAUAUUGGGCAUAGCAUGGGAACUAUAUCCUACUACACUGCUUGCAAUUAUCAUUCUUGGAUCGGCAAUGCAACGAAGUUGAUGGUUGGAUACGGUCCCCAUACAGUUAUUCCUCAUCUAAGCAGUCCAAUAUUUGCACUUCUCUCUAGAUAUGUAGAUGAUAUUCAGUGGUUAAUGAAUCUGCUCGGUGUUUAUGAAUUCUUGCCCAGCAAUACGUUAAUAGAGUGGGCUGCGGCAGAGGUUUGUGACGAGGACAUGCGAGCACAAGCAGUUUGCCGUAGCAUCAUGUUCCUCAUUGCAGGUAGAGAUGGGCUGUUACGCGAGCCAUGCUGCGUGU